CUAAUUUCUGGAAACUUCCAACUUGUGAGGUUCUGCUGUGCAAGAUCGCUGCAGCGAAACUGAGGCGGUUAUCGGGACUGUCACAAAUGACGCCCUACAAUGGAAAUGCCCAUCAUGAGGUAGGCGUGGCUGUGGGAGUGCUACAACUGUGAAAAUGUUGCAAAAACAUGAUGAAAUAUAUGCACCCGCAAAAAGUGAAAUUCCACUGAAGAACGGAACGGAGAAGACCAAUUAAAAUUCUCUACGAAAAGCACACGCACACAACUACCAAUACGAGGUUUGAUUGAGUCUAGAUCUAUACAUAUUAUCGUGCUAUAUAGUGGGAGAGGCAUCAAAAUGGGCAAGAGCCUGGCCGUGGCCCUAUUGUUGGGCGCCCUAAUUAGCAGUUGGCCUUUGGCCAGUGAGGGGGCCACAAGCAACAAUAUGAACAACAUGAACAACUAUGAAAACAGCACCAUCAACAACAGCAACAACAACUAUGGCAACAACUCGAGUAAUUAUCCAUUCACAAACGACCAACAUGCGAAUGAUUCGAUGGACUAUGAUCCGGAUAGCUGGCCCUUGGAGCGCAUUGUAUCCACCAUAGUGCCCGUCUUUUUUGGCAUUAUUGGCUUCGCCGGACUCCUCGGCAAUGGCCUCGUCAUACUGGUUGUGGUUGCCAACCAGCAGAUGCGCUCGACCACCAAUCUGCUGAUUAUCAACCUGGCCGUCUCGGAUAUCCUGUUCGUCAUCUUCUGCGUGCCAUUCACGGCCACCGACUACGUGCUGCCCGAGUGGCCAUUUGGCAAUAUGUGGUGCAAGUUUGUCCAGUACAUGAUUGUGGUCACAUGCCACUGCAGUGUGUACACAUUGGUGCUGAUGUCCUUUGAUCGCUUCCUGGCCGUUGUGCAUCCAGUGACGAGCAUGUCGCUGCGCACCGAGCGAAAUGCCACGCUCGCCAUCAUGUGUGCCUGGAUAACGAUUGUGACGACUGCGAUUCCCGUGGCUCUGUCGCAUUCGGUUCGCAACUAUCAGUAUCGCGGCAACGUCGGCACCGCCUGCGUCUUCUCCACGGAGGAGGAGGUCUGGAGUCUCGUUGGCUUUCAGGUUUCCUUCUUCCUGUCUUCGUACGUGGCACCCUUGACGCUGAUUUGCUUCCUCUAUAUGGGCAUGCUGGCGCGCCUCUGGAAGAGUGCUCCAGGCUGCAAGCCAUCCGCCGAGUCACGCAAGGGCAAGCGACGCGUCACACGAAUGGUAGUGGUUGUCGUUUUGGCAUUCGCCAUAUGCUGGCUGCCCAUCCAUGUCAUACUGGUUUUAAAGGCACUGGACAUGUACGGCGGCAGCCACUUGUCGGUCAUCAUUCAGAUCAUUUCGCACGUGGUGGCCUACACCAACUCCUGCAUCAACCCGAUACUCUACGCCUUUCUCUCCGACAACUUCCGCAAGGCAUUCCGCAAGGUGGUCUGGUGUGGCAGCCCACCGCCGCUUUUGACCAAUCAACAAGUGACCAAGACCACGCGCACUGCAACCGGCAACGGAACGUCCAAUAUUGAAAUGCUCUAAGCGGCUCCGAAGAUAAACAAAAAUGCAUUGAUGGCCGGCCAUGUUUUUGACGAUAGAAAUGGUCAACCAAAGAAAUGGAAAUUUGAAUUUAAAUUAAACACAAACACAACACAAAUAAAUAUGGAAUACAAAAAUGAUUCUGCGAACGCGGCGCAUCCAAGGUUUACGCAACAACUGAUGUCCCAGAGGAGAAUUUAAUUGUCCUUGUUACCUAAUCAGACUUAUUAUUGUUUUCUUAUGGUAGCAUUUGGGUACUCAAAUGUGUUUCAGUUCUGUGAAUAUGUUCAUUGGUAAUUGCUUUCAAGCAUAUUCGUUUAAUCCGUAAUUAAGACGCUGUGUACAUUUUUUGUCCUAAGUCCUAAGAACAUAAGUAGAAAAAUAAGAAAAAUGCAAAACAUUUGAUAAAAAGAAACUUACAAUUCAAUUGUUCCAAAUGAGAUUUACACAACAUU